AGGUAGGAACACGCCUGGCUUGCUGAAGAGCAAGUUAGGCUAGAUCAGAGUAAUCAAGAGAAUAGUAAGAUAUGAGGUCAGAGAAGUAACUAGAAGCUAGAUAAUAAAGGGGUUUGUUGACCAUCAUAAAGACUUUGGCUCUUCUACGAAUGAGAUGGGGUGCUAUUGCAGGGUUUCAGGCAAUAUAAUCUUAUUUACAAUGUAACAAAAUGUCUUGGGCGCUCUGUGUAGAGUAGGCUGAAGGGAGGCAAGGAUGUAAGCAGGGAGACCAGUGAAGGAAGCUAUUGCAUAAUCCAAGAUGAUGGGGGGUAGGAGGGUUAGCAGUACAGGUGGUGAGAAGUAGGCAGUUUCUGGAUACAUUUUGUAGAGAAUGCUAAGAGGAGUUUUCUGAUGAGUAAGGUGUGGGAGUGAAAGAGAAGAGGCAAAGAUAAUGCUCAGGUUUUGGUCUGAACAGCUGAAAGAUUUUCCACUAAUUAAGUUGGGGAAACGAAAGGGGAUGGGAAAGUCUAGGAGGGAAUGUUAGGUAUCUGACCUGAUAGAACAUAGUAAGUUCGUUUUCAGAGGGGGGAUACAUUUUGCUUUGGAAACUGACCGUGAUCAGGAUUCAACUGUGUAAGUCAGUCAAUCAGUUAUAUCUGUGUUCAUGCAGGUGAGAAGCUUUUUGCAAUAAAAACUAAACCACCAUUUUCUAACUUUUCAGAAAAUGUUGCCUUGAAAAGAGUGGAUAGCAAAGGACAAAGAAAUCUCCCCUUGAUCCAGCGAGCCAGCUGCUCAGCCACAGUUGGGUGGACUUCAGGAGAGUCCAUGGAAUUUCAGAAACUACUGAACAUAGGAUUUCUCCUAUGCUGUCUGACCUGCAUCUUGUUGGAGACUGUAGAUUCCUCUUCACCUUUAUCUGCCUUUAGAAUGCAAGACAAAGCAGAAUCUAAACCACAUUCAAGGGGAAACCACGGGUCCUGGCUAGGCAACUUCAGGGAUUAUUUGUGGGAUCUCAUCAAGAGCUCCAUACCUCCAGCAGCCAUUUUUGCUUUUCUUAUCACCACAGCACUAAUGGGGACCCUGUGCUGCCUCACGUAA